GGCACUCUCUCAUUGGUGGAGUUGGUGUUGCCUGCGCCAUGUGAUUGGCCGAGUCAGGCGACCAUUUACGGAAGUAUUCGGCUACUACUAUAAUGCGCAUGGAUGCAGUUUAAUGGUGAAAAUAACAGUUAUGGAACAAAACAAUGAUGGCAGCCUGGCCCAAGUGCGGCACAUCGUCUUGGUUCUGUCAGGAAAAGGAGGCGUGGGGAAGAGCACCAUAACCUCUGAGCUGGCUCUUGCCCUGAGGCAUGCUGGGAAAAAGGUUGGCAUCCUGGACGUGGAUUUGUGCGGCCCUAGUAUUCCACGCAUGCUGAGCGUGGGUCGACCCGAUGUGCACCAGUGUGACUCGGGGUGGGUGCCGGUCUACGCCGAUGCGGAGAAAAACCUCGCCCUCAUGUCCAUUGGCUUCCUAUUGGAUGACCCGGAUGAAGCUGUGGUGUGGAGAGGCCCCAAGAAAACAGCUAUGAUUGGCCAGUUUGUGUCAGAUGUGGCAUGGGGCGAGCUGGACGUGCUGCUGGUGGAUACGCCACCGGGGACCUCUGAUGAACAUUUGGCCAUCUUGGAGAACAUCAAGAAGCACAAGCAAGUGGAUGGAGCUGUUUUGGUCACCACACCACAGGCGGUUUCGACGGGGGAUGUGAGACGAGAGGUCACUUUCUGCAAGAAAACAGGAGUGCGGGUCCUCGGCAUCAUAGAGAACAUGAGCGGCUUUGUUUGCCCGCAUUGCUCUGAAUGCAGCAAUAUUUUCUCCAAAGGUGGUGGUGAGGAGUUGGCCAAACUCACAGGCUCAGUUUUCCUUGGUUCCGUGCCCUUGGACCCAAAGCUCAGCACCUGCAUAGAGGAAGGCAAAGACUUCCUAAAGUCAUUCCCAGACAGCGCCACCUUCAGUGCUAUUAGCAGCAUUACGCAGACUCUCCUCAGCAGCCUGCAGGCCGCCUAAGCAAGCGUCACUCAACACUGCAUUGUUAAUAAUUGAUGGACCAUGACUACUGUGCAGAUAUGUCAAUCUUAACAGUCUUGCUCACCAAUAAAUGUGUAAUUAAUUUAUGUAUUGUGUUGUAGAAUUAAAAGGACACAUUUAAUUACUGCAAAGUGAAAAUAUAACUUGAAAAACUUAGAUUCAAUAUAGUAAUUUGAUUACAUUUUCACAACUGAAUUAUUUUUUUUAAUAUAUUUUAUUUCAUUUUCUAAAGAGCUAUUAUCAUGGCUAUAUAUUACGUUUUGCUACCAAGAAACAUUCUAAUAGAACAGGUGCAGCUACAGUGCUAAAGGUGUGAAUCACUACGGUGUGAAAUCUAACAGAUCCUACAAUGGUGUGGAACAAUUGCACUGUGGAAUAGUCGAGCCUGAACAAGAACACAAAAGGGAAUAUUUAACAAGCUUUGACUGUGUUGGGAAGCCACGCAAAUCUAAGUUGGAUUCUUUAAUUUGCUUGUGGACACAUGAGGAUAAUAGCAGUGGGCAGUACAGGAUUGUAAUGACAAUUGAGAACAGCUCCAAAUGAUCCAAACAGUUUUAUGGGGGAGAGUAAACUGGAAAACAUUUCCUGCAACCCUUCAGCUUUACAUCCAAUAAUAGUAAGGAAACACUCAAAUCCAUGCAGGACAGCUGGAAUGUAAGGAAUAGAAGAAGAGGACAAGAGAGAGCGCUGAAGGGGAGAUGCAAUGUUUGGAAAAUAUGCUUGAGACCCAAAACUGGGCACACACCCCUUUAAUGCAAACAGCAGUACUACAGCAACACACAAGUUUGGAGAAUGUUUGCGUCAAAGAUUUUGAAUACAGCUACACACACCUGCCACCCAGACAGCGACACACUAAAAGGCAUUUGUAAUGAUUUGAAGCAAUUACAUCCAGAAUAUUUCCAACCACUUAGCACAAAUAACCCACAGUGCAGAAAAUCUAUCUAGUUAUCUUUACGUUAUUUAUAUAUAUAUAUAUAUCCUGGGAAGUUAAAGACUUGAUGCAUUUCAACAAUUUAAUGGACAUUUUUUUU